AACGGUUGAGUGUAGGCCGCGUGUUGAUGUAUGAACGCACGCACGUUCCGGCCGGGAAACUGGCCAUACACACGCUGGGCAAACCCAGACUGCUGAUAUCGACUCGCUCAGCUAGGCCCAGGCGUUGUCUCGAUCAGGGAAUCUCAGGAAGUUCGGAGAAGUGACUAAUACCACGACCAGACUGGUUUGUCUCUUCGUUUGUGCUUCUACACUGUCACGCGCACAUACGCUUUCACAGCCAGUCAGUCAGAGAUACUCAGUGCAUCUGACGUUCAGAUCGUCGCUGGCAACCACAGCUGAUGGUCAUGAAACUCAGGAUGUUUCGCCCAGCGCGCGCCACACUUAUGUUGGUCUUCGCUAUUGUUUUACUGUGUGUGCUUUUGGAUUCGACCAAGGCUCAGGGGCCUGGGAGUGGGAGCAGGCAGGGGUGGAGAUCGGUCCGGUACGUGGUGUCUUCCAGGAAUCCAACUGGGCCAAACGUCUGCGGCCAAGGAUGCUGCACAGGAUGGAGAAUCGAACCAUCAACCGGCCAGUGCACUCGUCCCAUAUGUAGUUGUCUGAACGGCGGCGUGUGCAUCAGACCAAAUGUCUGCCAGUGCAAGCCCAACUUCCGCGGUUAUUUUUGCCAGUUGCGGGUGGUGAGCGCUUCGACCUCCACACGCUACAGGCCCCCCACCUCGGGAGGGAGUAACCUCUAUCCUGGCAGCGUCAACAGUGGACAAAUUGUCAGCUCGAUCAUGAGGGCAUCCUCCACCAUCAACUUUGGCCGACCGACGUCGGGGGGCUCCCAGUUAGCGCGGUACACCAUGCGAGGGCCGUGUUUCAGACGGGUUAACAACAACCAGUGUCAGGCUGCACUCAGUGACGACACCACCCUUCACGACGACUGCUGCGCCACAGUCGGUCAGGCAUGGGGAAGCAGCUGCCACAUCUGCCCGCAACAGUUGGGACGUGAAACGCACUGCGAACGAGGUUUGAAGAAAGUCCCUGGUUCAGAGACUAGGUGUAUGGACGUCAAUGAAUGUAUGGCUUUCGACAAUAUUUGCAUGAACGGUAACUGCAUCAACACACGAGGAAGCUACCGCUGCUAUUGCAGAACCGGGUAUAAGCUGGACCCAACUGGAACCAUGUGCACGAUGGACGCAAGGAGGACGUGCUUCCGGCGGGUAUAUGACGGUCGAUGUCUGGCGUCUAGCGCGUCGGGACGCCUGACCACGAGAAUGGAGUGCUGCUGUGGAAUUGGUGAGGGGUGGGGCACAACAGCAUGCCAGCCAUGCCCAGCGAGAGGAACAGCUGAGUAUCGUGCAUUGUGCCCACAAGGUACGGGAUACCAUUACGUUCCUGCGGAGACUAGUAACGCGGUUGAUUCAAAUGCAUGUGCUGAGAACAGCCUGCUCUGCACACAUGGUCAGUGCGUGAACACACCAGAUGGGUACAGGUGCCAGUGCAGGCGAGGAUUCCGAGCCGUGAAUGAUGGACAAGCUUGUGAAGACAUUGAUGAGUGCCAUGAGGACCAGGAUGUCUGCCAAGGGGGACGUUGCAUCAACUCCAUGGGUAGCUACUUCUGCCGAUGCACCAACAGCCCAGGCCUACAGCAGAGCGGGAACACCUGCCGAGAUAUCAACGAGUGUCUACGCAACCCUUGUGGAGUCAAUGAAUGCCUGAACACUUACGGAAGUUAUUUCUGCAUGCCGACCUCGUGUAUCAAAGGCUACCUUUAUGAUUCCAGGGCUCGCCACUGCAGAGACAUCAAUGAGUGUGAGGAUGAAGACAGCUGUGUGGGUGGCCAGUGCAUCAACCAGCCGGGAUCCUUCCGCUGUGUGUGCCCAGCCGGUACUACACUGUCUGAUCUCACCACAUGCACAGAUACCGAUGAGUGUGCAGACACUCCAGACAUCUGCGGUGGUAUGGGGGUGACCUGCGUGAACACCUUUGGCAGUUACACCUGCACAUGUCCCCAAGGAGCUGUGUACGAUGACCAGAUGCGCAACUGUAUCUACGUGGAUACGGACGGCGUUGAACCCUUGGAAGAGCCCACCUCUCUCCCGACUGUAGUGCCGGGCCCGGAGAGGAAAGACUGUUACGCCUCAGUGGACGAUCCCAACUUCUGCAGCAACUUGCUGGCAUCUAAUGUCACCCGACAGCAAUGCUGUUGUAGCGUAGGGGCGGGCUGGGGCGACGACUGUCAGCUGUGGAUCUGCCCACCCCAGGAUUCUGCCCAGUAUGAUGAAGUGUGCCCCAUGGGACCUGGCCACCAAGAGAUCUACCCCAUCGAUGGCCUCCACCCAGUCCUUGCAGCAAACAGAGACACGGGCAUCAACGAGUGUGAGCUUUUCCACAACAUCUGCGGCGAGUACACCUGCGCCGAUCGGGACAUGAUGUACACCUGUGAGUGCCCCGAAGGCCAAGAAUACAAUAUGGACAGCAAGACCUGUGAAGGCAUCAAUGAAUGUGAGGAGUACCGAGAUAUCUGCCGCGGCAGACGUUGCAUAGACCUUGACGUGCUCUACACCUGUGAGUGUCCCGAGGGCUUCCGAUACAACAGGGACUAUCAACGAUGUGAAGGAAUCAAUGAGUGCGAGGAAACUCCAGAUAUCUGCCAGGGAAAUCCUUGCAUAGACAUGGAUGUGCUGUACAUGUGCCAGUGCCCUCAAGGCUCCCAAUUCAGCACGGCUAACAGGCGUUGCGAAGGCAUCAAUGAGUGCGAGGAAUACCCAAACAUUUGCAGAGGCUACCCUUGCCAGGAUCUGGAGGUAUUGUAUACUUGUCAGUGCCCCAACGGCUAUGAAUUCAACUUGGGCAAUAGGCGUUGUGAAGUGGCCAAUGAGUGCACAGCAUUCCCUGGUCUGUGUGGCAACGGUACCUGUGUGUUUGAUGACAGUGGUUACCAGUGUCAGUGCCCUGUGGGUUAUGAAUUCAACUACCGGAAUCGUGCUUGCAUUUUGACGGAUGACUGUGUCGCUUUUGCUGGCAUCUGUGGCAACGGAACUUGUCACAUGACCGCAGAUGGCUACCAGUGCCUCUGCGAUCAGCACGGCUACGAAUUCGACUACACUCUGGGUGCCUGUGUGUUGAGGGACAUGUGCGAGGCAAACCCUAACAUAUGCAACAACGGGACCUGCCACAACGACAUGCAUGGCUAUGAGUGUUUGUGUCCAGAUGGCUUCGAAUGGGACGGACAGCUGGGCUUCUGCGCAGUGAUGGAUCUGUGCAGAAUCCAUGGUGGCGUCUGCAACAAUGGUACCUGUGUGAUAGUGGGAAACACCAUCGAUUGUGUGUGCCCCGAGGGCCAGCAGUUUGACCGGAAUCUCCAUGUAUGCACAAGUAGUACAAUAUGUACAAGAUAUCCCGAUAUCUGCAAUGAAGGCAUGUGCGUCAUGGAUCCCAACGGUGGAUUCAACUGUGUCUGCCCACCCGGUCAAGAGUUUGAACGGGAAACGCGCACUUGCAAUGAUAAAGACUGGUGCCGAGAUAACCCCUGCGGCAACGGCACCUGUCGGGACACCACUGAUAGCUUCACCUGCUUGUGCCCAACUGGGUUUGAGUACAGCUUCGAUUACCGGACCUGCUUAGAUAUUAACGAAUGUGUUCAGGAUGCCGACAUCUGUGGAGACGGCCAGUGCAUCAACAGGAUCCCUGGGUAUUACUGCACUUGUGACCCAGGUUUCACCCUGGACAGCCUACAAGCGACGUGCGUGGAUAUCAAUGAGUGCGAACAGAGGCCCUGUGCAGGUGGUCGUUGUAAUAACACUAGAGGGAGCUAUCACUGUGAAUGCAGGGCAGGAUUCCAGUACGAUCACACGUACAGACAGUGUCUUGAUAUCGACGAAUGUGAAUCGCGUCCUUGUGGCAAUGUCGGUUGCUACAACACUCAGGGGAGCUUCUCCUGCAACUGUCAACGUGGUUACACGUUUGAUCAGAGUCAACAAGACUGCGUCGACAUUGAUGAAUGCCAGCUUUACCCGGGGCUGUGCGGUAACGCCACCUGCGUAAACUAUCAGGGCCGAUUUGAUUGUGAAUGCCCACGGGGGUUCAGUCUAGACAGGCACCUCCGCGCUUGUCUCGACAUCAAGGAGUGUGACGACAACCCUUGCGGUGAUGCCACUUGCCUAGAGUUGGACGGAUCUUUUCUGUGUGAGUGUCCAACUGGCUACGAGUUUAACUCGCUGAGCAUCUCCUGUGUUGAAACACUUCAGAACAUGGCAUUCAUUGGACUGUUCCAACUUCUGAACCUGUUCACUUGGGAGCUCAGCAUUUAUAGGAGUUGGUUUUGGGGUUUUUUUUUCCAUCCAGCUGACAAUGACUGUUUCAGUGUGCCGGACAUUUGUGGGAAUGGAACCUGUGUGCCAACAGCGGAUAACUACAGAUGCGUUUGUCCAGAAGGCGAGAAGUUUGAUGACCGAACUAAUCAAUGUCUAGAUGUGAAUGAAUGUGUGGAGACCCCAGGCAUCUGUGGGCAGGCCUACUGCACCAACGAACAUGGCAGCUAUACCUGUGAAUGCAUCGAUGGCUUCGAGUUUGAUAAGACCAGAAGAAGCUGUGUUGACGUGGAUGAGUGCGUGGUCGAUGAGGAUGUCUGCAACAAUGGCUACUGUGUCAAUGAGGUUGGUGGGUUUCAGUGCAUCUGUCCAGCUGGCUCGGCAUUCAACUACAACACCAUGUUCUGUGUGCCCAUAGGGGGCCCAGGUGGUGGGCCAAGGGAACCAACCGCGGCCUUCACAGGAGGGGACGCUGAAAGCAUCAAUGAGUGCAACCGAUCCCCUAGCCCCUGCAUCGACGGUAUCUGCAUUAACACCGAGCAAGGCUUCAAGUGCCAAUGUCUGAGUGGGUACCAGCUAAUUGAAGCCGAGAACCGAUGCAUCGAUGUGGAUGAGUGCUCAGGCCAAGAGGAGGUUUGUCUGUACGGACAUUGCAUCAACAAGAAUGGCACCUUCCACUGUGCAUGUGAAGAGCCGUUGACGCUGGACAGCACGGGACGUAGAUGUAUCUCUGUGCUCGGGGUAGUCGGCACGGAAACUGACAACAGGGAGAGCCUCUGCUGGCACAAGACUGACCGGCCUGGCUACGAGACGGUCUGUGGGAGGAUCAUCAACACCGCCAUGACCUACAGGGCCUGCUGUUGUGGAGGCGGCGUGGGCUGGGGCACCAGCUGUGACCCAUGCCCCCCUGCUGGAGGAUACGAGUAUCAGGUGCUCUGUGAGUCAGACCAGGGCCCAAGCCCGGUCAGACCUGGCGGGGGACCCGUACACCUUCGUGAGGACUCUGACGUGCCCACGGGCUACGGCCAUCCAACAGGGGAGGAUGGUCUCUACGCUCCAGGUGAAGGACCAAGGGAAGUGCCCAGUGCUGGAGGAGGGGAGUACCCUGACAGCUAUAAUCCACGCGGUCAACCGUACCAGGAUCCCAUGCCACUGAGAGAACGGCCCUUCACUGGUGGUCAGUCACCUUACCCAGGGGGACAGCAGCCUUACCCAGGAGGACAGCAACCUUACCCAGGGGGACAGCAACCCUACCCAGGCAGUCAGCAGCCCUACCCAAGCGGCCAGCAGCCUUACAGGGGCCAGCCACCUCUCCAAGGGAGCCAACAACCCUACCCAGGGGGCCAGCAACCCUACCCAGGGGGCCAGCAACCAUACCCAGGAGGCCAGCAACCCUACCCAAGCGGCCAGCAGCCUUACAGGGGACAACCACCUCUCCAAGGGAGCCAACAACCCUACCCAGGGGGCCAGCAACCCUACCCAGGGGGCCAGCAACCAUACCCAGGAGGCCAGCAACCCUACCCAGGAGGCCAGCCGCCUUACCAAGGGGGCCAGCAACCCUAUCCAGGAGGCCAACAACCCUACCCAGGGGGCCAGCCGCCUUACCAUGGGAGCCACCAAUAUCCUCAGUAUCAGCCUCCACAGACAACCACCAGGGGGACCCAGUCCACAACAUCAGGGUCAAGUUACAACCCUAAUCCUAACACCAGACCAACGCAGGGGCAGCGACCAAGGCCCCAGCCCAGCGGCACAGGUGUAUCUGGAGGGGCUGGACAACAGCCAGGAAGAGGUGCCUGUGAGAGUUUACCGAGGACCAUCUGCGGUCAGGGCCGGUGCCUAAACGUACAGGAGACUUACACCUGCCAGUGUUACGCCGGCUUCACAUUUGACAACGACCAAAACAGCUGCGUACGGGCACGCUACAACAGGGGUUGAACCCACGAAGACUGGGUGUCCCCAGGCAUAACCUAUGUAGAAACUUUGUUUUAUUAUUUUUAAGUAACCGAUGUGCCUAUUACUGUACAGAGUUUGACACUGUAGCAACAUGCAUGAAAUGCUAUCAGGGAAGAGUGUGCAUUCUCUGUUAAACAGGCCCAAAUGUACAAUAAUCGGCUAAUUUUAUUAAUAUGGUAAAGAAUUUGGACUAGCAUUUUAAAGAUUGGUUCUUUUAUGUACAUCACAGCUGCAACAGGAAAUAUGUGAAAGUGACCAAAUUUCUGCCAAAUAGCUAUUGGGAUUGGCACAGAGAGCCUGCACUGUGAGGAAUCCAAACUUCUCCUGAUAUUUAGCCUGGAGAGCAGCGUGUAAAAAAUUCUGUAGAGAACUCAAAAAGUGCAACGUGCCACAGUUUCAGAAAUGAUCAUUUAACAGUGUGCACAUUGCCACUAAGUUAUUCCCCUUCUGCAUGUUUCACCAUUGAAUAUUGAUGGUGAGGAACAGCCCGGGAUGAGAAAUUUGGCAAAUUAAUGACAUUUUGUCAAUUGUGUCACCUCACCACAGACAGUAAGCAAAGAGAAACUCAAGUAAAUUUCCCUUCUUGUAAUCCAUCACCACUGUUUAUUUCACCUUUUUAAAAUCUGUAGUUUAUGCAAGUCAUAAUUAAUUGGGCCAACAGAAAAUGCCUUCAAAACUUUAGCAUAAGACUGUAAUAUAAAUUUAACAGUAAUAAGCAGACAGCAGUUUGUUUGUAUGUGUAACUUACAAUGCAUUUUUAAAAACUUUUCAAAUUUGGAAGUUCUCAGAUUGAUAUCGUUAGUUUCUGACUCCAUUUGUGUUUGUUUUCAAUGUAUAUUAUAUAAUGCAUCAUUUAGCAUCUUUGUCGUGUAGCCUAAGACACUCCAUUGUUCUCAUUUAUUCUUUUCUCAUGAAUGCUUUACCUUGCUCAGGCAAGCGGGAUAUUUCUACAGAUCUCUUUCAAAAUUGGAUUCUUUCUUUUCCUUAUUACUGUUACAGUGUAAGAGGGCCCACAAAUAAAUGAAAACGCACAGCAAUAAACAAGGAA